AUGGAUGCGCUACGACGCCUAGCCGCCCGCGGUAACGACAAUGACAACGACAACAACGACAAUGGCGGCCUAACCUCUUCAACCGUAGACCUCCUCAUCUCCCUCCUUGUCCUAAUCCUCCUCUCCCUUGCCCUCAUCGGCUCCUACCUCGUCAUUCGCCGCAAACGUCAACGGGAACAGUCUCAACUCCCGCUCUACCACCACAAAAACCGCGGCCGCGGCCGUGGCCUCACCAUCUCCGCCUCAAACAGAGACUCCGUCUUCGUCAUCGACGAGAAGGGCUCGAAUCCAAACCACUCGCCGUCCUCGCUAAGCCCUCCACACAGCCCCGUGCCGGAAAUCCGCAUCACGUUCCCUGAAGAGGAAGAUGCGACCGGGAAGCGGAUGAGUGGGCGUGUGGUCGUUGUGCGCAUCAGUGAGAAGGGCGGCAUUGGGUUGGAGCCCUUGGAUGAGGGGCGCAAGGAUGGGGCCUACCAGGGGCGUGGCGGUGCGGAGGAGACAGAGGAGUUCUUGCCGCCGUAUCAGCGUCAGGCGGGCGGGAAUGAGAACGAGAGGUUUCAGAGCCUUGAUUUGGAGAGGAUGGGCGGGCUGAAGGAGAAGGAGCUGGAUGAGAAGAGGUGGUCGUAG